ACGCGAGACGGCGGCGCAUGCGCAAAACGGUAGAACAUGAAAGUAAAAACCAGCGCAGUUGAGGAUGUACAAAACUAACUGUCUUCUUCGUAAAAGCACACGAAACAGCACAAGACAAGGAGAUAGUAGCAGCAGGCGCCACAUCCGAUACAGAGUCCGCAGAGGAGGAAUAAGACUAGUAGUCCCACCACUCUCAGAGGUCCUGACCCUCUCAGACUGUACCACUUGUGACUUAAGUGUCUCUGUAGCAGCAGAAAUGGAGGCAGUUUUUGGGGUGCAGGCAGCUGUGAUCGUGAUAGCGAUGCCAUCCCUCUCGUCCUCCGUACUGAUCCAGGACUCAGUCUACCUGUCUUUGCUGGAGGAGAGAGAGGGA